GUCAGGGAUUACAAAAUUCACGAUCGGCCGGACAGUUGGCCGCCGAUGCCAAUGAGGCCACCGGUUUGGGCGGCGGCGGCGGCACCGGCAGCUUAAGUAUUAACAAAAGCAAUUCGUGUUCAAUGGACUGGCGCUACAUCACAGCCCGACCGGUACCCGAACGGGAAAAUUGGGACAAAAAAAUUGAAUUUCUAUUAGCAGUGAUAGGGUUUGCCGUCGACUUGGGUAAUGUCUACCGAUUCCCGUUUAUAUGCUAUCGUAAUGGUGGGGGUGCAUUUUUAAUACCAUAUGUUGUAAUGUUGAUAUUUGGUGGACUGCCAUUAUUUUAUUUGGAGCUGGCAUUGGGUCAGUACUAUAAAAGCGGUUGUAUUACUAUUUGGAAAAGUUUAUGUCCAAUAAUGAAAGGUAUUGGUUAUGCCAUAUGUUUUAUCGAUCUGUACACUGGUAUGUACUACAAUACAAUAAUAGCCUGGGCAUUCUACUACCUGUUUGCAUCGUUGGCCUCCCUGAGCACAUUUGAACUACCCUGGACCAAAUGCAAUAACACAUGGAAUACAGCCAAAUGCAAAACAAUGGAAUUUAGACGUAGUAUUAAUGGUACGAAUACUGAUGAUGUUAGUCCAGCCCAAGAAUAUUUUGAAUAUCAAGUGCUGGAAAUGCAUCGGUCGACUGGUAUCGACUCAAUUGGCCCAAUCAAGCUAUCCCUUGCAUUUUGUCUGAUGAUGGUAUUUAUUUUGGUAUAUUUUUCAUUGUGGAAAGGCGUCAAAAGUACAGGAAAGGUCGUAUGGGUUACGGCACUGAUGCCCUAUUUUGUAUUAUUCAUCCUGCUCAUUAGAGGGGUUACAUUGGAUGGAUCGAUGGACGGCAUAAAAUACUAUCUGUACCCGUCAUGGGAUCGCCUAUACGAUAUAAAUGUAUGGAUUGACGCUGCGAUGCAAAUAUUUUUUUCAUUGGGUCCCGGUUUUGGUACACUAAUGGCACUGUCGUCGUACAAUAAAUUUCAUAAUAAUUGUUAUAGAGAUGCCAUAUUAACGUCAACUAUAAACUGUUUGACCAGUUUUAUGGCCGGUUUUGUCAUAUUUUCAGUAUUGGGAUAUAUGGCCAAAAAAAUGGCCAAAGAUAUUAGCGAAGUGGCCGCUGGAGGUCCGGGACUGGUGUUUAUUGUCUAUCCCGAAGCCAUUGCCGAAAUGCACGGUUCGGUAUUUUGGUCGAUACUGUUUUUUGUUAUGCUCAUCACACUGGGCCUUGACAGUACCUUUGGCGGUUUGGAGGCAAUGAUUACCGGUUUGUGCGACGAAUUUCCAGCUCUAUUGCGGCGAAAUCGUGAAAUAUUUGUAGCAUUUAUUGUCAUAUUUAUCUAUUUAUGUGCCAUUCCUACCACUACUUAUGGUGGAAAAUAUGUGCUCGAAUUGCUUGAAAAUUAUGGCAUUUCAUUGCCCCUAUUGUUUGUAGUGUUUAUCGAAACUAUUGCCGUUUGUUGGUGUUAUGGGAGCGAAAAGUUUUCCUGUCAAAUAGAGGAAAUGUUGGGCACAAAACCGGGAAUAUUUUGGCGCAUCUGCUGGAAAUUUAUUAGUCCAUUAUUUUUAGGCUUUAUAUUUUUUGCCGCACUAUUCGAGUACAAGGAUCUGGUAAUCGGCUCCUAUGUCUACCCAAACUGGUCUAUACUGUUAGGCUGGACUAUAACACUGUCGUCGAUGACAUGCAUACCCUUAUACGCUAUCUAUAAGUAUCUAUCGCUAAGCGGCCGACCUAUUGAACGCUUUGUCAAGUCGUUUAAGCCCGAGUUGGACGUCAGCACCGGCAGCUAUGGCGGCCGUCCGGGAGGAGCGGCGACCAGUGGUGCCGAUACAGCACACGGCGUUCAACAACAACAAAACGAAAUCAACAAAUCCAUCAAAUCUAUUAUAAGUCAUGUUUAA